CUUGAAAUUAUAUGUAAACAAACACUAUGCGAUCGAAAGAGCAACAAACAUGCUUUUUUAGAACAUAAAAUAAAUGACAUCAUCUAGCUAGCUAUACAGGAUUAAUUGGGUACUUCUUUGUUACAAAGCUGUAUAUAUAAAUAAAUCACCAACAAAUACUAGUCAUGUCAGCAAGUAUAACUACAGUUCCUCAGUAUGAUGUAUCACUGGGAAGAACCUUACUUGGUAAUUGGGUUGAGGAAAGACAAGUCGCAUACAUCGAUAACAAACCCCAAACAAUUAAAGAACUUCAUGUUGGGGGACAUGCAGGUGUUUUAACUCAUACAAAGAACACAUCUAGUCCUGUUUCAACAAGCGCAGACUCGUACAAGAAACCGGAAAACCAAACAGUGUGCAAUGUCGGCAGACGAAGGGAAUUGAUGGAAAAACAGCUCUAUGAAACGUUAAGCAGUGAGAUACACGAAACAGCUCACGCAGCACCUCCGUCGCCAGAUUUUGCGUCCACGACGAAGACAGAUUAUCACAGAGAUUUCACACCAGUUGAGCAGAAACCCACCAUGGAACACGACGUGAACGGUGAAGCUGCGAUGACCUUCUGGCACCAAAACAUCAACACUAUUCACGGCGUUACCCAAGUACCUCACCAACUAACGCCGUUCAAGAAGAACGCUGCAUUUAGCACACCUAUUCACGAAUAUAAAGAUUCCCCGAAACCUGGAGAAGAAUGGAAUUAUUGAAGAGUGUUUUAUGUUUUAGUUUAUUUAUGUAAUGAAUAAUAUAUUAACCAAUGAUUUUAA